UGUAGCGUAUAGUUGUGCUCCACAUACAGAGCAUAAUUUGCAUCCCUUAAUGUGCGGGGUGGAUCUUUAGCCUGGCCUAUCAACUGGGGGCGUGGCUGUCUGCGUACUCAUUUAAUGCUGGAAGGUGGACAUUCAUUCUUGUGCAGAUAACAAGGUGGAGAUAAGCGGCCGGUAAGCCAAUUUUACAAUGGAAACCAUCACUACCGAGUACCACAGCCACAUGGACUGCAGACGGAUUCCCAAAUCAGAGAUGGAGAAAAGACGCCGUGAUCGAAUUAACAACAGUCUGGAAACGUUACGACUCCUGCUGCUUGAAAACACUUGCAAUGAGAAACUAAACAACCCAAAGGUGGAAAAAGCAGAGAUCCUGGAAAGUGUGGUGGAUUUCAUCAAGUUGGAGAUUGAGUCCUACUCGGUGAAGAGGAAGCUCUCCAGGGACCCCACGGAGGAGGGUUCGAGUCCUCCAUGUAAACGACGGCAUCCGUACAGCGAGGGGAUGCGGUCGUGUUUACUGAGGGUCGGUGAGUUUAUUUCCACGAAGAGCAAGCCGAUGGAGAACGAGGAGAGAGCCACUGGAACCCCCCGCGAAGGUUCCCCAAGCCCCCGGGCAUCUAUCUCCUGCAAGGACAAUUCUGCGCCCAUCCACAACACUUAUGUUGGAGACCUGACUCUGUCUUCUCUGCUGGCCGCUCACCGAUCCAAAAAUCUGGACCAGAACGAGGCCCACCACACUACCAAGCGUUUUUCAUCCGAACAAAAGUGCGUUGCCGUUGACCCCGUGUGGAGGCCCUGGCCGCAGUGAUGGCCCCCGCACGUUUUUGCCGCUCCAGUCGGUGCGCAAUCGUGGAUUGUCGCAAUGGGUGCAAUUGUAAAUAUGUAUACUCGUGUAGAGCUUUACCGAGGAUUGUGUACAGUAUUUUUUCUUCCUGUGGAAAUAAUCUACCCCUCUGAGUGGGGUCUAUUGUCUCAUCCAAAGAUAGUUUAUUUUUUGUAUAGGCCUGCUUUUCUAUUCUUUCCAAUUUUUUGGUCGAACCCUGCAGUUCAAUGUUUUUGACCGUUGGCUGUAGAAUCGUUUAUGAAAUUUCUACACGAGAUGGUCCUUUUUCGUUUAUAUUUAGGGCUAUGCUCCGACCCCUGUCCAAUGGAUUUUUUUUUUCUUUCAAUAAACUUAUUUUCCUGUUUGCAGACCUGCGUUGUUAAAGUGUUAAAGAGUCAGCACACUUAAAGGGUGAAUGGGGUUCAAUGCUGCCGUUUUCGGAUACUUAUGUCCUGAUUGGACACAUUCCAAAUGUGCAUUGAAAUGCUAAUGCAAUAUGAGGAACAGCUCCUACGAUCUAAAUUGCCGUUUCAAAGGUUUAAAAGCGUACAUAGAGGUGUUUAUCGUCCAGACUGUUUUGAAGAACUGUUUCCAAUCUACAGGCUGAAUCCAUUGCAAGAGGAAAUAAAUCCUGUUCAUUUUCAA